AGAACUGGCUGUAAUUGGCAAACUAUCAGAGAAGCUGGAAAAAGAAUUGGUAUUGAAUACAAGUGAUAAGGAGCUUGAGGAAGCAAAGCAGAAAAAGAUAAAGGAGCUGGAACACAUGGUGAAAACACUAAAAUCUGCUAUUUUACAAGCAGAAACUGAAAUAAAACCAGUCAAGUCACCUUCAAGGCUUGAUACCUUUAUUAAGACAUUGGAAGAGGACAGAGACUACUGUAAAUGUGACACUGAGAAUUUGCUGAAGGUAUUUAGAAAUGCAUUUUCAAGUCCUAAGCAAACCUCUACUUAUGGCAGCAUGUCAAAAAAAUUUUCAUCCAUGCAGGGAGUGAGUUGUGAUCUAGAUGUUUUGAAAAUACUGAGAGAACGUGAAGAACUUAAAUCAACACUAAAAAAAUUUGAGCGCCAUGUGGCAGAAAUUCAGGGUAACUGCAGAGUUUUAACAGCUGAGAGAGACAAAAUUGUCAGUCUUUAUGAACAGGCACAGGAGGAGAUUUCCCGACUUCGUCAGGAAGUUAUCAGAUGCCCCAGGUCUCCUGAAAGUACUGUGACAGCUCAAGCUAUGUUAAGACAUGUGGAGAUAGAAAGAGACACAGCACUGUCAGAUUUCCGAAGGAUGACUACAGAACGUGAUAGCCUCAGGGAGCAGUUAAAGAUUUCUCAAGAGACUGCGUUUAAUGAAAAGGCUCAUUUGGAACAGAGAAUUGAAGAGCUAGAAACUACUAUUCAAAAUUUAGAUAGUGAGCAGUUAGAACAGAUGUCCAAAAUGGCACUAAUGAAAGACACCAUUGAUUCUCUGGAAACUGAGAUUAAAAGAUUGGCAAGAAGGGCACUGGACUCUGAAACUGAGCUGAGACGACAGGAAGGUGACUAUGUUUCACUUAGUUUAUUGAAUGAAAAGACAGAACAGAGUCUUUCAGAGACUCAGCGAAAGCUUGUUAAGAAAAAAUACGAAAUGCAACUUGCCCAAGAGAAAAUUAUGCUUUUGGAUGAAAAAAUUGAUGACUUUUCAAGACAAAGUCUUGUGCAACAAGAGGAGAUCUGUGCUUUGAAAGAAACAAUUGCACAACUUGCUAAAGAGAAGGCAACUUUGCAAGACUGUGUGGAAGAAGGAAGAGAGAAGAUAGCUACUUUUGAGGAAAACAUGGCAUUUAAAGAGAAUAUAAUUUCAGAUUUCAAGAUUCUGAUUUCUGAGUUGGAGUGUUCCACAAAAAAAUCCACUGAAGCUCUCUGUAUCUGUGAGAAAGAUAUCACCAGUUUGCAUCAACAGCUACAAGAAACGAGCAAACAACUUGCACAGGCUGACAAGAACAGAGAAUCAUUAGCUCAAGAGAAUGACAGGUUACAAGAGCAUCUUUCUAAUAUUAAGCAAGAAAAUCAGGUACUAUAUGAAAAAACAGCAAGUUACCAGAAUGAGCUUGAUGAUAUGAAGUUGAAAGCCCAGGAUUCAAAGGCAGAUAUUGUCAGGCUGAAGGGUGUACUGAAGUCUAAAGAGAGAGAGAAUGGCGAGCUUUCGGAGAAUUACCACAAAGCCUGUGAACAAGGAGAAAGUUGGGAAGCAAAAUGCCAUCAGGCAGAAGCAGACUGUAGCUCUGUUAGACUGGCACUGGUCAGUGUGGCGUCUGAGAACGGCAGAUUGAAAAUGAAAAUGGGGUCCCUUGAAAGAGAGAUGGAGCAGCAUUUAACAACAGAAGUGGCAUACAAGGCUCAGAUUUCUGUCUUAAGCAAGUGUCUUGUGAAAAUGGAAGGAGAGCUUCAAAGCAUAUAUUGGGAGAGAAUCUCUGUGCUUGCAAAUCUCCCAUCUACACAAGAACUUUGCAUUAAACUAGAUGCAGUCAAAGAAUGAUUAAAUCCUCCAAAAGCAGAGAAGGUAGAAAGGCUGCAGAGCAAGUGUGCCUCAUUUCAUUCUGAAAUAGAGCUGCUGAGAAAACAACUGGGAAAUGAAAGAGCAUCUAUGAAAAACUUGGAAUCUUUGAUUGUAUCCAGUCAUGAGAAAGAAUUUAAGUCACAGAGAGAAAAGCAAGAAAAAGACUCUGAAAUUCAGUUUCUCAAGGAACAGCAUUCUUUAGCAGAAAAUAAACUUGCUGUGCAGAGUCAAGAUCUUACUCAGCUCAGAAAUAGAGCCGCUGAGCUACAGUUGGAACUGUGUAUCGCCAAAAGACAGCUGGGGACUGAGCACUUUGAAAGAGAAUGUGCUGUACAGGAGCUUCCACACCAGAAUCGUACAGUCUCAUAUCAGUUAAGCUCUACUUUAAGAACAUCAUCACCUGAACAUCCCCAUCAUCAACCUCCUGAUUGGUCUUUGGAUUGGUCCCUGGAAGGGAAUUCUUGUGUCAAGGACUUGUAAUGUUAUAUUCACAAUGGCUUGUGGAGACCAUGCACACAAUCUGGAGAGUUAGAGUUCAAGUUUAAUGCUCAUUUAAUCAUCGCUUUUCCCUGCUGAAUGCUAAGUUUCAUUAAAGCCAUUUCACAAAUGCUGCACGGGUUUUUCCUCAUGCUUAAUGUUGUCCAGUGGGAAGAAAUCGGUCUGGAUAGCUUCCUCUCCCACCCC